UCCUCCGCCGCCGAGUAGCGGCGCUCACUCAGCGCUCCAGCCCGAGCAGAGCACCAGCAGCGCGGACCGCUAGCUCUGUGUCUCCGGCUGCUACAGUUCGCGAUUAUUACCGCCAGUAGGAGCGGAUUUUGGAGGCGGGCGUUUCUUUUAGAAGGUGGGGAGUAGAGUGAGUGAACUGCGGCUGGGAAGUGCUUACCUUGGAGGGAAUUUAACGGGUAGAUAGGGAGCUAGCUAACGCCGCGCCGGUGCUGCUGGGUCUGUCUUAACAACCACCACCACCGCCGUCUCUAGGCUGUAUGGGAUCCGCUCUGUCGUUGCUGGGACUCGGCUUGAGCUAGCAGGCUUCCCCCCCCCCUCCUCCUCCUUCUACUACCACCGCCUCUCUGUCUCACACGCUUAUCUAGAGAGUGAGAAAGCGUGGAUAUCUGGAUGUUUAGAGGUUUAGACAGAGCUCCAGAGUGCUAGUAGCUAAAGAGAGGGGUAGCGGAGGAGAGAGGUGACUGUUAGAGUGUGUAACGGUCAUCUGGGACGGGCAUUAUUCAGAGAGCUCCUCGGCGGCGGAGGACUGUGGGCUGCUGCUGCUUUUCCUGGCUGGACUGAAGAGACAUUUUCAGCUCGUCCGCUGUAGGUCUGCUCUCCGAGGGGGAGGAGGAGCUGGAGAAGGUCGGGGGAAAGCGGAAUGCGACUUUUUCGACGUUUCUGAGCUUUUGUGGGCUUUCUGAAAAAGGAAAAAGGACGCGUAAACUGACACGACAGCUCCAUAAAGGUCCUGCUGCUGCUACUGGAUCCCCCUCAUCAGGACCCACCCUUGACUCUGCAGGAGGCAUGUGUGAGUAGCAGGUGUCAGCAGUGGGAUCUGAAGCUCCGUAGGACCGGAGACCCCUUCACUACAUCCUGAUUUCUGCCUACAGGUGUGAAGAUGAGGAAGUUUGCGUAUUGUAAAGUAGUGCUGGCCACCUCUCUGGUGUGGGUGAUGCUGGACAUGUUCAUCCUGCUCUACUUCAGCGAGUGCAACAAGUGUGAUGACAAGAAGGACAGGGGGCUGCCAGGAAGAGACGAGGUGGUCCCGAGACCUCACGAUGGGCCAGGAGAGAUGGGAAAACCAGUGGUCAUUCCUAAAGAACAACAUGAGAAGAUGAAGGAGAUGUUUAAGAUCAACCAGUUCAAUCUGAUGGCCAGUGAAAUGAUCGCUCUCAACCGCUCCCUACCUGAUGUUCGUCUUGAAGGGUGUAAGAAUAAAGUGUAUCCAGAUGAUCUUCCCCGCACCAGUGUGGUGAUCGUGUUCCAUAACGAAGCGUGGACCACGUUACUGCGCACCGUCCACAGCGUCAUCAACCGCUCCCCACGACACCUGCUGGAGGAGGUGGUGCUGGUGGAUGAUGCCAGUGAGAGAGACUUCCUUAAGCGUAAAUUGGAGCAGUAUGUGCGGAAGUUGGAAGUACCUGUGCGGAUUGUGCGAAUGGAGCAGCGCUCUGGUCUGAUUCGUGCUCGGCUGAAGGGGGCGUCGCUCUCUACGGGUCAGGUCAUCACCUUCCUCGAUGCUCACUGCGAGUGUACCAUGGGCUGGCUGGAGCCACUACUCUCUCGCAUCAAACAAGACAAGAAAACAGUGGUGUGCCCCAUCAUUGAUGUGAUCAGUGAUGAUACGUUUGAGUACAUGGCGGGGUCAGAUAUGACGUAUGGAGGCUUUAACUGGAAACUCAACUUCCGCUGGUACCCUGUACCCCAACGAGAGAUGGACCGCCGGAAAGGAGACAGAACACUGCCAGUCAGGACUCCUACCAUGGCGGGUGGACUGUUCUCCAUAGACAGAGAUUACUUCCAGGAGAUCGGCACAUAUGAUGCAGGAAUGGACAUCUGGGGAGGAGAGAACCUGGAGAUUUCCUUUAGGAUUUGGCAGUGUGGUGGGACUUUAGAGAUUGUGACGUGUUCUCACGUGGGUCACGUGUUCCGUAAAGCCACGCCGUACACGUUCCCCGGAGGGACAGGACAGAUUAUCAACAAAAACAACAGACGCCUCGCCGAGGUCUGGAUGGACGAGUUCAAAAACUUCUUCUACAUCAUCUCCCCUGGAGUGACGAAGGUGGACUACGGGGACAUAGCGACCAGGGCGUCUCUGAGACAGAAGCUGCAGUGCAAGCCUUUCUCCUGGUACCUUGAGAACGUCUAUCCUGACUCACAGAUCCCACGCCACUACUACUCCCUUGGAGAGAUUCGUAAUGUGGAGACCAACCAGUGUCUGGACAACAUGGCUAGAAAGGAGAAUGAGAAAGUGGGAAUCUUCAACUGUCAUGGCAUGGGGGGCAACCAGGUCUUCUCCUACACAGCCAAUAAGGAGAUCAGGACAGAUGACCUGUGUCUGGACGUGUCCAAACUCAAUGGGCCGGUUAUGAUGCUCAAGUGCCAUCAUCUGAAAGGCAACCAGCUUUGGGAUUAUGACCCAUUGAAGCUGAGUCUGGUGCAUGUGAACAGUAAUCAGUGUUUGGAUAAAGCUUCAGAGGACGACAGUCAGGUGCCCAGUGUCAGAGACUGCACGGGCAGCCGCUCUCAGCAGUGGCUGCUCCGCAACGUCACACUGCCUGAAAUCUUCUGAGCACACACACACACACACGAGGACCCACGGCGAGGCGAACGGACAGGCUCUCGACACCACGGACGGUGGAGAGACGGAGAAAGAGAGCGAGAGAGUGCGAGCCUGCAGAUCACCUCUGUACUCCUCUUUCAUUUCCUAGAGGUGCACUUAGGAGGCAGAGCCAAAAUAACAGACCUACAUAUGUAAAUGAAUCUCCCCAUCACUCCACUUUACCGAGACGAGGAACAAGAUGGAGAGAGAAAGAGAGAAGGAGAGACAUUGAAGGAAAGACUGCUAGAGGACAUGAUUCUGUCUUCUGUGCAGAAUGCUUGGUGCCCUUGUCUUCCUUUGAGGAGCAGAGUGGUUUAGGGUAUGUUUACAAGGUUGCCUCCCUUUUAGAAUAUCAGAUUGUGUGCAUGUGCAUAUGUGUGUGUGCUAGAGUGUGUGUGUGUGUGUGGUUACACAGAAGAGUUUCAUCUUUGUUUUUUAUUUAAAUCUUUUUUGAACAAUAUUAGUAUGUGGAUUUAAGUAUUGACCACAUUCAGCUGAAACUCAACAUUUGUGUGUGUGUGUGUGUGUGCGUUUGUGUGUGUGUGUGUGUGUGUGCGCGCGCGUGUGUGUGUGUGUGAAGGACGCAUAUCAGGAUGGAUCUCCAUGCAUCUGUGGAUGCUUUAGUGAUGCGCUCUGAUUGGCCUAGCUCUGGAGCAUGAGCCCCCCCUGCUGGCCACCCACUGGUCAGCUUCAUCAUCAGCUCACCCAGCUCAGAAAGAACAGCCUGCCCAAAGAGAAAGAUCAGUGAAAAUAUCCGUGAACUCAGAAUACCAGUCAUAUCUUACAUUUAGAAGUAGAUCUUUUUAAUGUAGGGAAAUUUUAUUGUUUUAUUUUUUAUUUGCAUUUUUGUGAGUGCCACAAGCAAGUACCUUCAUACAGUGGUAUUGAAAAGUUUGGGCAUCUCUGGUCAAUACGUGUGUUUCUUUUAAGAGAUGAACUGAUCUCCAAAAGGCAUAAAAUUAAGGAUUUAUUAUUUAUGUCAUUUUUUAAGCAAGAUUGUUUUACUGCUUUAAUGCCUUUUUUAUUCAUAAAGAAUUAAAAGCAGAUGGGCCUGAAACAAAAGUUUCAGAAGGCUCUCAGUGCUGUGAGAUUCUUGGGUCAUUUUGCUCUUUUGAGGCCUGUCUUUUCAAUCAUGUAAAGUCAGGGCAUGUGAGGUGCAUAGUCUCCACCAAGUGAAAUGUUCACCAUGCCAGAAGCUGCUGCACAAGUAUAACCAAUCCAUCUGCACCCAGAGAAUUGGCCUGGUUGCAAAGCUGAGGUGAAUCAGUCAGGUGCUUGUCGAGGCUUUUAGGUUAGCUCCUAGACUAACAUCUUCUCUGACUACUGUUGUUUUAAUGUCUUUAUUAUAUAUUCCAUAUCAUUAUAAGUGUUAUCAUCAUGUGCACGUGUUUUCUUACAUUUUAAGGCUUUCGUUAAUACACAGUUUUUGUUUGUUUGUUUUUUUUAUCUAUGAAAGAGAUCUCAUUUAAUAUGAGAAAGCACCUUAUUCACUCAGUGCCCAUGUUGAAACGAAAGCGAGGCUGGGGGGUACACUCCUAAACAAGGAAAAUUCCAAGACAGUGAGGGAGCCGGCAGAAUAUCCACCAGUUUAAAUGGCAGCACCUGUGUGGAAAACUAACCGCAAACACCUCUCUGAAUUAACAGUGAAAGCAGUUUAAUAAUAGGCAGAAAAUGAGUUAAGGUUAUGUUUUAAGUCUGUUUUACUAAAAGGCUAAAGAAACUGGAUUGAGGGUUAAGUGCAGGACAUGGCUAGCUAGAUAAUUUUUAUUUGCUGUCAUGAAAACUCACGUUUUAGCUAGCUUGCUAGUUACUAAUUAGCUUAGUGACUGUAGAAAAAUAUCUUGUAGUUUGUUUAUCUACAGUCCAUCUUAGAGGAUUAACUGAAUUAUCUCUCCAGGCAAAUAACAUGCAUACCUGUCAAGUUUUAGAUUUAAAAAUAAGGGAUAUUUUCCUCAGUCCGCUUAAAGUCGUCCCACCAGCCCAACGAAGGUUCAGCAUCCCUUACAUUUUAAGACAGGUUUACAAAAAAUCUAAAAUAACCACAUGUGAACCAUUUACACACUACAAUUAGAUUAUCAGAAUCUGAAAUGUUGUGGACAUUCCUACAUAUGUCAUUCUUUAAUACAGCCAAAUUAAAAACCCUUUUCUAGAUAUUUAAAAAAAAGUUAAGAUUUCAUGUAUUUUUUGGCAUAAAUGCACUCUUUUAUAUGAUAUAUUUUUUAUUUAUAUAAUAGAUUUAAAAUUGAACAAGGGGUGCACAAAUUCUGCAAAAUGACUGUAGGUGACCUAAAAAUAGUAUCAUGAGCUUUUACUAAAAUUAGUCCUAAGGGGCCUACACAAUUAAUAAUUUUUAAUUAAUACUUCUUUUUUUUGAUCACUCCACCCCUGAUCAGUUCAGUUAAUUUCGGUCCUCUCCACAUUUCUAGUUAAACUGAGUCACAAGCUGUAAUUUUUUUAUUUUAAAAGGUUUAAUCUGUGUGUUUUAUUUCGGAGACAAGUAUUUUUAAGCAGCUAUCAGAAAAAUCUCAUCACAGUUUCCAUGAUUAGCCAUCCGUUACCUUUCUUUUAGAAAAAUCGCUGAAUAUCCAGAUAUGUUUUAACAUCAGCUGCUCCGACUAGCUGCCUGAACUCACAGCGACGAGGGGCUUCCCCACACUGACCCUCCUUUGCAAGCUGAUUGGCUGUUUCUCCUGAAAGGCGGGACUUUCUCCUUGAACCGGCUCCACGAUUGGUUAAGAGACACAGAGCGGUCAGUGCCCUGUCUCCUCAAUAAUAUAUAUAUUUUUAUUUAGUAUAAUACGGGAAAUUUACGGGAAAAUACUAAUGCGGGAGGACGGCGGGAAAGAGGAGUAAAAUACGGUAGGUUCCCGGCCAAAAUGGGAGACUUGACAGGUAUGAACAUGGCUCCAGCAUCCUGCUUCAACUUCUUUCUUAAACACUCUUUAAUAAAGUGUUCUGAACUUACUUUUGUGUCCAUGUUAAUCUGUAAUAUCAAAUCAGACAUAAAAUAAAUGUUAACAUGACUGUUAAAUGCUAAACACAGUCCAGCUAAGCAUGCAGGUGUACACUCUUAUAAGACCAGGCUAGCCACGCUAGGAUAUUAACUAGCGUUAGCUCGCUAAGCAGGCUAAUCUAAAGAGCUGUGGUUUGACUAACAUUACCCCUCACUUGUUUUGACAUUAAACUGAGAAAAUGACCAAUUCAGGGUUAUUCAAGUCAUAGCCUCUUAGAUAAGGUUCAUCAGGCUAGAUUAGCUGCCUGGGUAAUAUUAUAAUGGAUAGCCUUAGCUAGCUAGCAACAUAAGCUAGCACAGUAACAUCUUAAAAUGAAAUGGUGAUCUCUACUGAUUUAGUGAAUUUAUUUGCAGUGAAGUACAGGAUCUUUGGGAAAACUAUGGAAGGUUUGACCUUCAUAAGAUUUUUUUAUUUUGUAUUUUUUUUUUUGAGGAAGAAGAUGAAGUGCAUUUGGGAAUGUAGCAGUUGGAAAUGUAGCAUUGCUAGCACCCAGCUAAACAAUGCUACUUCCGUCCCCCACAGCCUCGGUUUGCUAGACAAUGGUGACGUAGAUGAAUAAAGUGUAUUAUUUUAGAUUUCCUAUUCAUGCAUUUCAUUGACUCUCUUUUUUUUGGUUUGUUUUCUGAUGCUCUCUGAAGUGAUGUCAGUAUAAUUUGCUGUUCGUCUCUGCUUAGUGCUCUGAUUUUAGUAGAAUAUUGAGGCUGCAAAUAUUGAAAUAUUAAAUAUUGACAUAUUGAGUGUUGCUGAUCACUGAUUAAGCCUCACAGCACCGGCGGCAUCUACUUCACCACAGCUUUACAACUGAGUUUCCUUUCCGCAAAAUAAAUAUAAUAUGUGUUAAAUAUAACACAUUUAACCAGAGAUGCAGCACCUCUUCUUUUUUUAUGAAAAAUAAGUUAAAUCUUUUUUGUUUGUUGUGGUUCAAAGCUAGCAAAUUACCUAUGCUCUGAAUAGCUCUAAAUCACAUUAAAUUGUCUGCUAAAAUGUUGUGUUAGCAUCUCAUAGCUAGCUAGUUUUUGAUCAGUGUUCACAGCAGUAGCUACUGAAUACAGGCUGCAUUAACUUUAAAUACAAUACUGCCAUACAAUAUUUGGUAUAAAAUGACCUGUAAUAAAUCACUCACACUAAUUACAUUAACAGACAUUUUGAACAGGGGUGACCAAACUUUUUCAUGCCACUGUAUAUAUAUAUAUAUAUAUAUAGACCGACAGAGAGGGAGAGGGAGUUGUUUUUGUCUUUUAUUUUUCUGUAUGUAUGUAUUCUCACUACUUGUUUGGUGUCUGUAAUGAGGUGGUCAUAUAGUGCUAAGAUUCAGACUGGCCCAGCACUGGGCUCAUCCUGACGAGUUGCCUUCCUCUGAAUUGAAGCCUUCUGGCUCAUAAUCAGCUCUGUAAUCCAUGAGCACAUGAGUGAUUGUGUUAGAAGAGAUGAAUUCAGUAAUGUGUGGUCUUAUCAUUUAUCAUUUACAGAUUCAAGGGCUUAGGCCUGCUGUACGUGUGUGAGAGAGAACGUGUAUGGAUUAUAUGUGUGUGUGUAUGUGUGUAUAUGUGUGUGUGUAUGUGGAUAGCGAUGGGGUGGGGUUAAUUUGUUUUAAGGUCUUUUUUUUAUAUACUCUACAUCAUUACUGCUAUUGCUGUCAUGUGCAUGUGGUUUCCUAUAUUUGAAGUCAUUUGUUAACACAUUUUUUUUUGUUUUUUUGUUUUAUUUUUUAACCUUUGCGAAUCGUGUGAAGGCUAAAAGAGAUUUCACUUGGUAUCGGAAUUCUUUGUGGAAUUCUUUUACGUUUCCUGUCCAUGCAUUUCACUGACUUGUUUUUUUUGUGCUGUUUUCUGAGGUGAUGUCAGUAUAUAAUGUGCUGCUGUUCACCUCUGGUUAGUGCUCUGAUUUUAAUGGGGGCUGCAAAUAAACAGAAUGCUGCUGAGCACUGAUUAGUGUGGGGGUGAAAGAAAGAAUAAUCUAGUGGCCCCACCCCCUUCACUCCCCCUUUCUUCCUCCCCUCUCACCCUCUGUGACUCAGAAUAUCGGAAUAAAGGACAAAUGGAAAGAUUUCCCUUGGAAUACGGAAUACACAGCACGAAGGAAUUCACUUUUUUUUUUUUUUUUUUUUCGAGUGAAGGAAUUGACUCCCUUAUCUGUGAAUGGCAGGACAAGCUUCAAAGUCAGAGAGGGACAUCAGAUAGACCUGUCCAUCAUCAUCGUCGCACAUCCAAGCCACGAACAGAUGGCUAGAGUUUACAGAGUUUUCCCUUCAGUCUGAUGGUGACCAGGUGUCGUCUAUACAGAGCUGUGUAUGUGUAUGUGCGCGUUGGUGUGAGGAAACGAGUGAAAGCAGCAUGCAAGUAUAAAGUAUGGGUGUUUUUGUCGUCUUUUGUUUUCCCCCUUUCGUUUUUUUUGUUGGCUGACUGUGGGUGUGGCCUGAUGAUGGACAGGUCAGGACACUUGGAGCUGAUCCACAGGCUGGAGGAAUAAAUGGAAAGUUUACAGUCCA